AUGUUAGAGGAAUAUGUUAAACGUCGUCUUAGAGCAUCAGAACAUUUCUUGAACUUUACGAAUAUAAAUAAAAGCAUAGAACCGUUCAAUUUCUAG